CGUAAAAGGCAGUACAAAGUAAAAAUGUCUACUAUGAAACGUCACUGAUAAAAACAUUCAUUUAAAUGUUUAUUAUAAAUAACUCAGAGGAGAAAAGAAUAAGAAAAAUGCUUUGUAAAUAAUUUUUCUAUGUACUAUACACCAUAUUCUAAUAAGUUUAUUGUUAUAAAUGUAAAUUAUAUUAGUAUUAUUAUAUUGCACAUAAAUGAAAAUUGACGUGCUUGAUGGGGGAAAAAAACAAUUGAUUACAUCUGUGAUUUGACAAGACAAUGACAACAACAAUUAUGUACCACGCCCAAAUUUAGGCGAAUUAAAAUAAACGAUUCUUGGUGAAUCAAUUGUAGAAAUAAUUGUUAAUUUUCUUUUGUUUUUUUUUAAGAAAAGUGCACUUUUUUUUACAAACGUUAUACACACAUAAAUGAUGAGUGUGCAAACACGAUACCCUUACGAGGGUUUACUUCAUAAAUAUACAAAUGCAAUGAAAGGAUGGCAAUAUCGUUGGUUUAUUUUAAGUCCAGAAACUGGUGAAUUACAUUAUUUUCUCACCGAAAUGGAGAAAAGUCAAAAGCCAAGGUGUUCUAUUUAUUUAGCUGGUGCUGUGAUUGCUCCUAGCGAUGAGGAUUCCACGACUUUUACUGUCAAUUCUGCAACAGGGGACAUGAUUAAACUAAGAGCAGCUGACGCUCGAGCGAGACAAGAAUGGGUGGAUAAACUUCGUGCAGUCACGGAAAUGUACACGAGAGCAAUAGCCAGUAGUCAUCCGCCACUUCCUCCGAGGGAGCACAACAAUCCUUCGAUUAGAAAUCCAGUUUCGAAAAUUGAAGUCCUAGACGCAUUCGCCAAUUGUCGUGAACAAUUAAUUAAAGUUGAGAAACACACUGUGGCUCUAUCGCAGACCAUUGAAAACUCCAGCUUCAAUUUAGAUCAAGAUUUAUUAGUCUUAAAAGCUACUGCCCACGCAACAUUUCAUACCUUAAAUCAAUGUUUAAACAUUUUAUAUCAAUAGUUUUUUGCAAAAACAAUUAUACUUCAUGAAAAUACGAACGAAUCGUUAAUAUUACGAAUUUAAGAGGAAUUUUUGCUUUGAGAUUUUUCAUUCAUAGUCUUGAAAAGAAAAAUCUUUUUUCUCAGAAAUAAGAAAUUAGUUUUCUUAGAAAUUUUACAUAAUUUUCUAUUUAUCUCAUUUUUCAUGUUCGUUUAUAAUUUCGAUGUUCUGUGAAAAUGUAAUUAAAAUAUCUUUUUUUUUGUGAGAGCGUAAUUUUUUGUUUCUUACUUGACGAAUUUUUAUUCGUUUUAACGAUAAUUGAUUUACAACGAAACAUUUCUAGUGUGAAAAGAAAAUAUUCUGAGGCGAAUCAGAAAAAUGGAAAAUUAUGUAAAAUUGAAAAUCAUAAAAAUUUCGAAAAUCGAAUAUUUUUCUUUUUUUGGGGAAGAAUUUUGUAAACUGACUUUUUGGCACUUGUGUCAAAAUUAUCAAGUGCGUGAGGUUAAAAUUGUUAUUCCUCUUAUUAGAGAUGCUGUUUUAAGUAUCUCUCUAAUUAUAAUUUUCUUUUUCAACAAAUUCUUAAUUAGAAGGAAUAAACAUAUCAUUAUUGUAGCAGUCGUUCGAUCAUAAUUGUAUAGUACUCUUUAAAAAUUUAAUUAUCGAGAACAUUUACUUAUAUUUACGUUCUUUUCUUUUUACGUACUCUUCUCAUUUCAAUUUCAAUUUUCCUAAAUUUAUAGCUAAAUUUUCCCUUGACGUCUCGUUUCUAAAUUUUAUAUUUGAAAUGAAAAUUUUCCCAUUAGAAAAAUCUUUCUUACUUUUUCUAAUAAUGAAAAGAAAUUUCCAAUUCGGAAAAUCUUUAUUACUUUUUUAUUUUAGUAAAAAAAAUUUCCAAUUCGCAAAAAAUUGUUAUUACUUUUUUAUUUUAGUAGAAAAAAACUGUCCAAUUCAGAAAAUAUCUUUGUUACUUUCUUUAUUUUAGUAAAAAAAAAAUUUUCAAUUCGCAAAAAAUUUUCUAUUUUAGUAGAAAAAGUUUUCCAAUUAGGGAAAAAUCUUCAUUCCUUUCUUUUUAUUUUUAGUCCCAAUUCAAAAUCUCUUUGUUACUUUUUUUCUAUUUUUAUUAAAAAGGAAAUCAAGUACAAAUUAAUACUUAAUAUCUUCUCACGCCAGGGAAAUAAUUUUACAAAAAAAAAAUCUGCUUCCACUUGAAAAAAAUGUCAACUAUAUUAUAUAUACAAAUAUUGUUAAAUUGUAUUUUGUAUUUCGAUUAAAUAUUCGAAAGUUUCUUACAAAAAAAACAAAAUUCUGAAUCAAAAUUCUAAAUUUUAGAAAAAGGAAAUCCGAUUUCCCAAAGACUUUUUUAUAUUAUAAUAAUAAUUUUUAUAAUUUUUGUCCCUUCGGUUCUUGAAGAGUUAAUUUUUUAUUUUGUUUAUAAAUUUGUGGUGUGAAAAUAAUUGGAUACGAUAAUGAUGAGGAUCGAAUGUUAAAUAUAAUUAAUUAAAACGAAACUUUGCAUUUCCAACUGAUAAGGUCGGUUGAUCCGUCUUUGAAUUAUUGUAUAGUGUUUAUAUUUUAUACGACUUUUAUUGUUUCUGCGUUUUUGCAAGUGAAUAAAAACGAAAGGUAAA